GGUGUGCUUGACGGUACAGCUAGCUUCGAUAAAGAGCAGCGUUAGAAAUGGCUGACACCAUAGCUGAUACAAGAAGGCUCUUUCCAAAGCCUCAGAACCUCAACGACGCCUAUGGACCUCCGAGUAACUUCCUGGAGAUUGACGUGAGCAACCCCGAGACAAUCGGGGUGGGACGGGGCAGACACACGACGUACGAAGUCAGACUGAAGACUAACCUUCCCAUCUUCAAGCUAAAGGAGUCGAGUGUACGCCGGCGCUACAGUGACUUUGAGUGGCUCAGGGCAGAGUUGGAGAGGGAGAGCAAGGUUGUUGUGCCGCCCCUGCCGGGAAAAGCGCUGAUCCGACAGCUGCCCUUCCGAGGGGAUGACGGGAUAUUUGAUGACUCCUUCAUAGAGGAGAGGAGACAAGGUCUGGAGCAGUUCUUAAACAAAGUGGCCGGUCACCCUCUGGCCCAGAACGAGCGGUGCCUGCACAUGUUUCUACAGGAUGAGUCUGUGGACAAGCACUACACCCCGUCCAAAGUCAGACAAGCUUAAAGAAAGCGAGAAUACGGCGCAGCCAAAACCCCGACCGCCCGCCCGCCCUCAUCUGGCUCGGCCCGCCCUCUCGGCCGAGCCCAGACCACCGAAUCCAAAGCGCUCCCCCCCCCCCCCCCCUUCACUGCUUCUUUCUUUUCAGACAGUUCAAAAUUGAAAGAUAAAUGCCGACACCCGUUCGUUCCCCAGAAGAUGUAUAAAUAUCGCUCAUUGGCCCACCUGAGUUUCCACCACCCACUUUUUAUUUUCCCCUCUUUUAAUAGCAGAGAGUCGGCCGCAGCAUCACGUGGUCCCUCGUUGUCUGGAAAUGCCACUAUUAUGUGUGUAUACUUGUAUUUAUCGUUAUCUCUGUCUUGGAUGGCUUCAUUCAUGUAGUAACUUUUGAGCGGUUCCGUGUAUGCAGAGCUCUUGUCAGACGCACAGCCGAGUCCGUUGUAUAUUCAAAACUGGCAUGUCGCACAAUUAGUGGGCCUUGAAAUUAAAAAAAUAUGCCACCCCCACCCCAAAAAAAAAAAAAAAGAAGCAUGUGUGUGUCCAUGUCCAGCAAACCAGCACUUGCCCCCGUUAUCACCGUUGCUUUUUUUUUUUUCUAGGAUGUCAAUUUACACAGAGGGAACUGCAGUAUUUCUACUGGCUAUUUACGCAUUUUGAGAUUUAUAUACUGCUGUGCCAUUUUUUUUUUUUUUGGUUUAUUUUGAAGAUUUUCCAAUAAAAUAGAUAAUGUCAACUGCAUAUGUGCACACCACUUUUUAUUUUUCACCCCCUCGUACUUUCAAAUGCGGGUAUGGAGGAGUAUGAUGGGCCCCAAAAUACUAGCAAUUUAAUGCUGUAAUAACGCGAAAAAGGGGUAUAAACUAGAGGAAAAAAAAUUUACUUAUUAGAUUUGUAAUGCACAUUAUUCAACUUUUUUUUUUUUUUUUAAAUCAAAAUUCCAACUUGUUUCCUUUUCUUUGCAGUGGCUCGAAUUCUCCUUUGUCCACGUGUACAGUCAAAUGUUUUUUUUUUUGUUUUUACACAAACUAUGAUGAUUGUGGCAGCGCACUCUAGAUUUCUA